UGGUGGAAACUUCAGUGUCAAGUUUAGCUCCUGCUGUGAUCAGUGCGCGAAUCUAAUAAAAUCUAAAAAAAAACAUCAAAUUCCCUACAUUUGCAAUCUUAAAUAAGGAUUUAUCCGAAAAACUUUAAAAUCAUUCCAAUCAACAUGAAGUUCAGUGUUGCGUUUGCUUUGUUGGUGAUCGUCGGGUUUGUGGCCAUCGGCGAUGCUCUGCCUGCCAGGAAAAAUCGACAAUACUUUGUUCCAGGAAUGGUUUACUACCAGCAGCCCGCCGCCGCUGAAUGGUACGGUGCUGGGUCCGGUGUUGGUCCCCAGCAAAGGAUUAUGUACAUGCAGUAUGUGCAGCCAGGACGCACUCAUGCCCGCUCCACUCAAGCAGCCAGCGCCCUUGUGGCCGGCGAAUCUGUUGCCACUGGCACCUAUCUGAAGGAUUGCAAUCACGCAGAGUCCGAUGUCGCAGUCAGCGUUGAUGACAGCAGCGCCGAGGGCGCCCAGGCCGAUGAUGUCCUGAGCGCUGCCGGUGCCCAAGGUGCCACCUCUGUGGCCGAGGCCUACCCCGAUGAGGCUCCCGUCGUCCAGGUUGCCGUCGACAACGCCGCCGAAUCCGAAGCCGAGGUCGAGGCUGAGGUGCCAGCUGCUGUAGAGAACGAUGAUGCCGCCAAGGUGCCACGCGAUUUCAACUUUGCCGCCGAGGAAGCCGCUGCCGCUCCCGUCGAGACUGAGGCUGAGGAACCCGCCGCUGUGCCCGCUGUUGAGCAAGCCGCUGAGGAAGAGUUGCCCGCCCCCGCUCCAAUUGCUCCUGUCGCUCCCGUUGUGCCAGCUAAGCGUGUUCUGCCCGCCCAGAAGAAGAAGGUCAUCGUUGAGCUCGACCAGUCUGCCGAUGAUGUUGAGGAGGCUCAAGUUGCUGCCAUUGAGGAUGAGGAGGCCGAGAACGCUGUCGCCGAUGAUGUCGAGGAGGAUGAUGAGGAUGUUGUUGAGCCCGUCAAGCCCGUUGUUGUGAAGCGUCGCCCAGCUGCUCGUCGUCCAGCUGCCAGACAGCCAGCUCCUGCUAAGCCCGCCAAGAAGCCACUGCCCGCUGGCACCUUCUUCCCCAUUGACUUCGGUGGCACCAACGGUGGCGCCAUUGCCAUUGCCAACUCCUUCAGCACGGGCGAGGGCGGCUCUGCCACUUCGCACGCCAUCGCUUAUGGUUCUCCCGAUGCUGCUCGUGCUCGCGUCCGUCCCAAUCCCAGCAAGCGUCGCCAUUAAGCGGCUCUGAUCCACGACUGAUGCUCAAUCCCAAUGCAAAACAAAAAACACCACCAAUUCUUGCUAACGCAUCGCCAAGGUGCAAACGAUAUCUUCUUCCUUUCGAAGUCUGUAACAGAGUUUUGUAAUAAUUAGUCGAAUUGUAAACACAGUAAAUACAAUAAAAAAAAGUUCUUUCUGUUUUUUAAA